AUGUUUAUCUAUCCAUUUGUUCAUAUUUAUCUAUCUGUUCAUGUUUAUCUAUCUAUCGAUCUAUAUUUUCAUUAUCUAUAUUUCUAUAUGUUCAUAUCUAUCUUUGCCUGUUCAUAUCUAUCUAUUCAUUUCUAUCUACCUGUCGAUCUAUUUUUUCAUUAUCUGUCUGUUGAUAUCUAUCUUUGUCUAUCUGUUCAUGUCUAUCUAUUGAUCUAUCUUUUCAUUAUCUUUCUAUCUGUUCAUAUCUAUCUAUCUAUCUAUCUGUUCAUAUCUAUCUAUCUAUCUAUCUAUCUAUCUAUCUAUCUAUCUGUUAAUUUCUAUCUAUCUAUUUAUCUGUUCAUUUCUAUCUGUCGAUCUAUUUUUUCAUUAUCUAUCUUUGUUUAUCUAUCUCUCUGCUCAUGUCUAUCUAUCGAUCUAUCUUUUCAUUAUCUAUCUUUCUAUCUGUUUAUAUCUAUCUACCUUUGCCUAUCUGUUUGUCUGUUCAUAUCUAUCUAUCUAUCUAUCUAUCUAUCUAUCUAUCUCCCGAUGUUCACAUCUGCACCCACAUGGACAUUUGUCGUCUCUUAG